AUGUCAAUAUGACAACGAUGACCAUGAAAAUAGAAAGAUGUCAUUAUAAUUAACUAACAAUGAUAUCAUAGCCCGCAAAAAUGUAUAGCAGAUUGGUAUAAAAUCAUUAGAACUAAAAAAAAACAGUUUAAAUAUGUAAACAUGGCUGACCGACUUCGGCAAUUUGCACAAAGAGUGCGAGACAAGAUACAUUUACCGCAAAUUACAUCGACAAGUAGAGACAAAGUCGAUCAACUUAUAACCAAGUAUGUCCCAGCGUCUAAAGUUACAGAAAUAGCGGAAAAGUUUAAACAUGAAAGUAUCACGAACAGAGUAAAGGAACUCGUGUCUAGAUAUGAAAAGUUUACUGGUAUAGAAGAAAUAAUGGCUAUUCAGAAUACAGUAGUAGAAGCGCAGGAGCGGUUUGUUGCAUCUCAGGAUCGGAGACGAGAUUUAGGACGUGAACUGGCAUCAAUAGAAGCUAGGUUGAAAGAAUUACAUUCAGAAAUGCAAAACAUUAUGAAAGGUGACGACAAGUACUUACAACUUUGUACUGAGGAACAUAAGUUAAUCAUACAAGAACGAGCAUUACGAACUCUUUUCUCGGAAGCGGAGAGAGAGGAAAGAGAAUUGUUCGCGACGAUGUCGGCCGCUGUCAAACUCGGCCAUGAAAGGGAAAGGGCACACGCUGAACGCAAUAAAUAUUGGUACAUUGUUGCUUCCAUACUUGGUACAGUCUUAGGAAUAGCCGGUUCAACAGUGAACAAUCGCUUAAAAAUGGCCGAGUUCAGAGAUAUGAUGGAACAACAAAUGGCUAGGAGCGCCAGCGUGUUAUACACCAUAGCAGGUGGUGGGUCAGCCAGCAGAGCUGAUAUCGCUGACGCUAUGAAGACUGAGUUUGCUUAUCAGGAACAACUCGCGAAUAACUUAACCUUAAUGCAGGAAAAUAUAGAAAAUCUAGUCAACAAACAGGCAUCUUUAAUUGAUCACCUAAAUCACCAAGAUCAUAAAAUCGAAUCACAAAUCCGCGAACUCAAACGUUUAAUAGUUGCCGCUUCUCAAAAUAGUGCUAAAUCAGAUGCCGAACUAGCAAAAGCACUGUCUGUAGUACAUCAUGACCUAGAUGAGGAUAAAGACAAGGAAAGAGAGCCAAGUACCCUUGAUGGUAAUCAAAUAAUUACCGGUAUCGGUAUUUUGAUAUGCGCCGCUGUAAUAUUCGGUAAUAUAUUCGGGAAAAUUAGUUGAUUUAUUACCUCUAUGAUUGUAAGAUUAAAGUUUUUAUUUUGCA